AUGGAGUUGGUGGUCGUUGUUGCGGCUCAGAGCCGCCCGUCUUGGGCACAGGGAAGCAGGGGUUUGCCUGCCGCAACACCCCACUCCCGUGUGGGUGAGAGCUUCACUCGUUUUCACGGUGCAUCAACUGGGCAUCCGGUCGAACUUUUCACAGCCAACAUGCUGACCUCACGCUUCAGGGUCGCGAGCCAAUUGCGCCGGUCAGUGGUGGCGAGGAGUAUCACCACGCUGUCCAAUAACCCAGACAUUAAAGUCUUCCCCAACCCCGGGGCGUCGCCCUCCUCCCCCUCCUACCUGCUGACCUACCUGUCGACGGAGCCGCCCAGCCCAAACCUGGCCGUCGGGACGACGACGGAGCUCCCGCCGACGCCGCGCUCGUUCCGCGAGAACGGCCGCUUCCUGGGCAUCCUGAACGAGGUCCUCGCCGCCCACGCGCACCUCGACCAGGACCUGCGCGCCGCGGCGCAGGCGUUUGCCAGCCCCGGCGGUGUCAACCUGGGCGGCGGGAUGAUGAGGGGCAAGGGGAAGCGGAGGGGCGGGUCGGACGGCGCCGGGGGCGCGAGCGACCAGGGGGGCGCCGGGGGUGGGGGCGCUGGGGGCUGGGUGCACCUGAGUGAUAGGAGAAACCCGCCAGACUUUGGUAGGAUAGCAUGGCCUGAGGACAUAUUUGGCAGUAUCCAGGUCGACAGCAAGGGGAAUAUCGAGGGCAACUUCCAGACAAGUGGGACCUACAGGAUAGUGACAAACGAGGGGAUACUGGGCCUGAGCCCCUUCUUGACUGAGAAGCUUGUUGCAAGGUUACGGGAGGAGGAAGCGAAGGAGCGAGCAUCAUGAGGGCAGGCUGGUCGUGUUAUUGGAUUGGAGCUCUUCUUCAGGCCCAGCACGAGAUCAACUCUGUGUCUGCCAGGACAGUCUACCCCCAAUUUUUACGAGUACGAGUGUGAUAUUUGUAUGAGUACGAAGUCAGUGGGGUAUUACCAAGACUGCGAAACAUUCACUGAGACCGAGCAUGGGAUAUUACCGCCCUAAUAAGGAUGUAGAAUUAUGGUCAUGCCUCUGCGAGGAGGAAUAAGAUGAAGGAGAGCUGCGGGCCUCCCACUCUAACCAAAGGACCCGGACACUGUCAUCUUGGAGUCACUGUCAUGACUUGGAAGUCAGUAUUCACCAAAACGGAGGCACGCAGUCUCUGAGCACUCACUGCCACCCUCAUCUUGCAGAGUCC